CAACCUCGCAACAUUCACUGCACGUUUUCCGACGGGCCAAUCGCUACAUGUAGGGUCCGCCGAGCAGCUCUGCAGCUGAUAACCCCUGAGCCGGCCGUUUGCUGCAGUUACGCGACGCCAACUCGGCCGAUACAUUGAUUCAUCAGAUACAAUCUUUAUACCCCGCAGUCGCGGAUUAAAAAAGAGACGGAACUGGUGGCUCAAGGCGCUGGUCUGAGAUGUCGCUGAAUGGGUUGGACGAUGCUCGAGUCAAGGAGGCCCAUGAGGCGGCAGUUGCGGAACCCGGAGGAUGGCUCUUGUUGAAGUAUGCCACUCGUGAUGAAGUCGAGCUGCUUGGCCGGGGCAACGGCGGUAUUGUUGAGAUUCGAAACAACAUAUCACAAUACGAGGAGAAGUCGCCGCUGUACGGCUUUCUCAGAUACAGACGGCGAAAUGUCAUUAUCAAAUACCUGCCCGAGGAUUGUUCCAGGUUAAUUCAAGCACGAGUGACUGUCCAUUUCGAUGCCGUCUGUGACCGCUUCUCACCCUAUGACACCACCUUCUCUAUUGCCGAUUCGAAGGAGCUCAAAGACACCAAGCUCUCAGCUGCUUGUUCCUUGCACGCUGCGUCUGGUUCGACAUCUUCCUCGACAAGCUCGCUGCGUCGGAGACGCUUGAUGGAAAUUGCGGAAGAAGAGGAGGAAGAGGAGCGGGAAAGAAAGCGCCAGUCGAUUGUCAGAGAGGAGGAGGGACCAAGGUCGCCGACAGUUUCGGCCGCCGAGCCUCCUGUCACGCUGAAUGCGGACCUUGCCAGGCUGCCAGAAGCUGCACGCUUUGCCGGUGAACUCGACCCUCCAAGUUUCACGGGUGUCCCGAGGCCGUCGUCGCCGACCAAGUCCUUUGAUGAGAAUGGUGGUCGCAUGUCGUCCCAAUCGUCACGAACUGACUUGUACUUGACGACUUCUUACCCGUAUUCAAAGCCGCGAGUGAAAGUUGGCCCAAGACCUUCUGCCGAUCUCGCCGGGCGCCCACGCUCCUCUGCUGGCGGUGCGGCACACCGACCUGUCUCCACGGUACCUGCCGGAUUGAAGUCCUUCUCCAAAGGCUCCAGAAAGGCUCGCUCUCAUUCCCAAAGCCAGGACGAAGAAGCGCCGGAAUCUCCCAUCAAAGAACAGGCGGAGGAUCGUUUGCAGGCGGCAAUUGCGGCUGACACGGACUCGAAAGUCGUCGACAACGAAUCCGCCGAACCGAGCACCAACAGCGACGCACAAGCCGCAGUCACCGCCACCGCAGCACUCAAAGUCAACCCACCUGUUGCUGCUGCCCCUCCGAAUAAGCAGAGUACCAUGACGCCCGAAAAAGCGCGGCUUCUGAAAGCCAUGAAGCUGCGAGAGAAAAAGAAGUUGAUGAGCCUGCAGUCGACGCUUGACGUACCAGCUAGCGAGACACCAUCUGCGCCGAGCACUCCCGGCCUUCCGGAGGAGAUGCAGGAAGCUGAGACAGCAGAAAAUGCCGGGUUGGUAGAGGAGGCCUCCCGUGAUAAUGACGGGCAGCCGGAUGAUCCUGCCACAGCUUUCAAGGCUGAUUCCGGAGUUGACGUCGGUACAGACCAUACCUCUGUGGAUACCCACACGGAUUCCCAGCCUGCUUCUCCGCUGGCUACAUCGGAAACCGGCGAUUCUACCCAGGCGUCCUCUCUGUCCGAAUCAACAGACGAGACGGCUCUCGGUCGGCAUCAGCCUUCGGCUUGGGAGGGCGGAGAAGAUGGAGCCGGUGGUAGCAAGUUAGCGGUGUCUCACGACAGGCAGUCUCAAGCAACCAUCACUGCGCCGCCGCUCGAAGAUGGUGUAACUCGAGAAGGCCCUUCCAUGGCACCUGAGGACGGGGCCGAACAGAAAGAACCCGUUGCCUCGGGUACAGCAGCGGUUGACACGGUUACUGAGUCUUCGCCGUUGACAUCUUCGUCCGGGGUAUUGGCACCGCCAGCCGAAGUGGAAAAGAGUGCAGGCGAUGCAUCGCCAGCGAAGCCAGGCGAACAGUCGGCACCGGCCCCUUAUCCCCGGGAGACAAGGUCUGCUGGAGCCGGGAUUGGCGAGGAGGGAAAGGCGCCGUCAUCGCAACUACGCAUUCCCCUCUCCAAGUUCUCUACCCAGGAGUCCAAGUCUUCUACUGGCGCUGCUACCCAAUGUCUUCCUUCGCCUAUCACCCAAGCCCCGGAUGUGGAUUCGUGGCGCGUCGGCGAAUCGGCGCCGCCGGUUCCGGAGAAGGAUAAUGUUCCUGACGCCACCGAGACCAGUGAGCAGUCUGGCCUGGAUUCCAAGGGAAGGAAGCUCCCUGAGCCUAUCCGAACGGACCUUGAUGGCGCAGAUCAUGACAAGCGGCGCUCGGUCAUCAGCAUGCUGGAUAACGAUGGCUUCAUGGAUGAGUUGCAAUCUGCAACUGUGCAGCAGGCAACGCCGAUCACCGUGUCCAAGUCGCCAAUAUCCCCAUUCUUCCCGGUUGAUCCGAGUUCCAAGAGAGCCACGAUUGGCCCCGACGGGCCCCGUCCGCCUUUUAAUAGAACGGCAUCGAACCCGGUCCGCAGCUCUUACCUGGCUCCCGGCGAAGUGCCGGUGAGCGCGCCAAGGUCGGCCUCGUCUAGUGCUGCGUACCUGCAAAAGACUUCUCAGCCGCAGACGCCAACAGACCUGCGGCCCAAGAGCACCAAGUUGGGAGGGAGCAUUGCGCAACGAAUCAAGGCACUGGAAAAGCUUUCUGGCAGUGCUGCCCCUGUAGAGACGGCGGCGCCGAAGGAGCGGCCCGCUACAACCUUCUUCGCCGUCCGCAAAGCUGGCACUCGGGAGCCGUCGAGGCCGCCGUCUGUGGCAUCCGUGGCCGACAUGGCUAGCUCGUUAACAAUGGUUCAGACGCCUUCUCCCCCGCCAUCGAGGGGGUCGUCCCCCGAUGCUACCAGGGUCAUGGGACGUGGUCGGGCCGGAUCCUUGGUGAAUCGACUUUCCAUGUUCGAAGGGGGAAUGCCUCCCCGAGGCAGGCCCGAAUCGGUUCAGGUGACAGCCCGGAUCGUGCGAGACCCCAACCAGCCGUAUCCAAGAGGCCCCGAGCCAAAGCCAGGUUCGGCAGAUUAUGGCCCCCUUGAGCUGAAGCAGUCGCCGUUGGUGGUAGAUGUACAGAACCGUGCUCCGUCACGGAGCGGGUCAGUGCGUACACUGGAACGGGAAAUUGCGGUCCAGGCGAAGCAGUCCUUGUUGGAGCGACGGUUGUCGAAGCAAUCUCAGGAGGACAAGGCUGAAAGCCAGCAAGGCUCCGAUGGACCGCGCCCUCGACGCCGCUCGUCUCUCACGGUUGUGAAGGAUUUCAUCAAGGGCGCCAAGUCGCCAUCCACAGAUAACCUGGGCAACACGCCGGGUCUGGCCUCUCCUGCGGUUACCGCACCCUCACGGUCCCCCACUCGCCCGCCGUCAAUCAAUCAGACUGGUUCUCUGGCUCGGCGCCUGAGCAUCAGCAGCCGGCGCUCGUCAACGGACCAGAAUGCCACGGUCCUGUCUCCUGCUCGGACCGCCGAGGGCGGCGCUGAUGCGGACGCUGAAACCAAGAGCAACAGCAGCUCUGGUCCCGCCAGCCCGAACCAAAGCAAGGGCAGCCGUGCAUCCCGGUUUAUGCGGCGCCUCUCCAACACGCUCGUGACCGGACGGAAGAAUGCCGCUCCGUCGAUCUCGCCCACCGUGGCCGAGGAGAACGCCGCCGAGGUUGAGGCUGCAUCCAGGGGCGGCACCGCGACUGGCGCUGCUGCCCAGUCCCAGCCCACCAUCGUCGCGUUCAUGGGCGACGUCAAUGUCCAGUUUCCGGACAACCUCCUGUGGAAGCGCCGGAGCAUCUGCCUCGACAGCCAAGGGUUCCUGAUCCUGAGCGCGGUGCAGGGUACGGCCAUGCUGCCGACUAGCAAGGACCGGCUCGGAGCUAUGGUCAAGCGGUACCACAUGAGCGACUUCAAGCCCCCAUAUGCUCCGGAUGUGGAGCUGCAGGAGCUGCCGAACAGCGUUGUCCUCGACCUGGUGGAUGGCAGCGGACUUCAGAUCGCUUGCGAGGACCGGGCCGGUCAGAUGAGCAUCUUGCACAUCCUCGAGGAGGCUCACCGCAACCACUCCAAUUUCGGAUGUUAACUACCCCCCCUCAUGAUCCCUCUCGGCCCAUUACCGGCCUGUCACUCCACAGG